AUGGAUCAUGGCCAAUCAUCAAGCAAGGAAAUAGAGAAGAGAAAGGAAGAAGAGAGGUUGAACAAACUUAGAAGUGAACUUGUGAAUUAUAACUUUCAUGCUUGCCCAAGGGUCAUGAAAGAAUCCUUCAGGGGUUUAGAUGUUGACGACAUCGACUUGAUUCGAAUUGCUUUAAUUGGGCCUGCAGCUUCUGGGAAAACUAGCUUUGUAGGUAAGUAAACCUUGAUUCUCCUGUUUUGUCUAUAAAAUUAGCUCCCUAUUACUCCUUCCACGUUUGUUUUCUUUUUUUUCUCUUGAUGUUUCAUGAGUUUCGUGACAAUUAAAGAGUCUGAUUAUCUCAAUAUUUUUAUGUUUGGUUGAUGUUAAAGGGACUCUACAGCGAGCCAUCGGAGAGACUCAGAGUGCCUUUGAGCAAGGAACUGGAAGAGAAAAAACUAUUCUUCUUGAAGAAUGCUUAGUGCAGAAAGGUUUUCGGAUGGUCGAUAAACUAGAGGAUUCCUUGAGGACGAGGAAGGGCAUGCCGAUUAAUUUCUUAACGUAG